GUUGCGAGGGAGAAUCAACUUCAAAAAUUUUAAUAAACGUUCCUAAUGUGCGUCUUGUCGUGUGUCGGUUGGUAUCUUUCUGUCAUCAAAUAAAACAUACGCCACCUGCCGCCGCUGCUCAAUGUCGCUUCCGUUUUGAUUUGCAUUGAUAGGAGGCAUCUUUUUUAUCAUUUUUAUUAUUCGAGUACCAUUUGAAGUGGUUUUUUGACUCUUAUCACUGGAUUAUUAUUAUACGCUGCCACGGUUUGCAUAGUCCUUUAGUUUUUGUUUGAAUAGUUUUUGUGCAUGGAUUAAAAUUUUUCCAGAAUUCAGUUAAGCUGACGUAGAUUUCAAAUGAGAAUCUUUGAGAUUAUAGUAAAGUAAAUUUUGAAUAACGGGCAUUUUUAAAGUAGAUUCUAAAAAAUGGAUCCUUCAAAGAAAUCAAGGAUACUUAUCGUUUCCGUUGUUCUUAUAAUAAGUGGAAUUCAAGGACAGUUGGAUGAUUUUAUGAAGAUAUGUGACUUGUGCCAUGUAGAUGGACUUCAGGACUGUAAUUCAACAAAUAUAUUUCACAUAAACAUGACAAUUAAUUGCGAGAUGACAAACAAAAUGUGUACUUUGGGAAUAAAUGAACUUUUUGAGGGCUUCGAAAAUCUAACGAUGCAUGAUAUCGAUAUGAAGCACAUUUGUAUUUUUAAAGAAAUGUCAAAGGAAUCGUUAUCAGAUAUGUCAACGAAUUUAAUGUACACUGAAAGCCACGAACAGCUUGAAACCACAAGCAAAAUGUUUUAUUACACGGAUAAAAUUGUGUCAAGUGUUUCAGACGAUGGAUUUGGAGAUUUUAAGACAACUUUGGAAAAUGAUUUGAGAGAGUUUUCACUUAAUUCUAAUGAACACUUAGAAAUAACAAGUGAAACAUCUUUUGUGGAUUUGAAAGACAAUCAAAAGGAUGAAAUUAACGAUCCGUCGUUUUUAAUAGAAACAACUUCCCAAAAAAGUUGGAUGCCGAAUAACAAGACCGAUGUACCUAAUUUAGAAGAAUCUUUUGACAUGCAACAUGAUGAACCUGUUGAGCUUGAUAAAAAUGAAAGUUCAGGGGAUAAAAUAGAAAAUUCUAUUCCAGGGCCUGUUCCGCCAUCCGAAACAAUUGUGUGUUAUGCAUGCGAUAGUUCGACAACGGAAGCCUGUUUGGGUAGGAUUGAAGAACUGAAGACAGUUGAUUGCCCAAAGGAGAUUGGUUGCAUUUCGUAUUACUCAAAUGGCAAUCUUAUCAGAAACUGCGGAUCUCUAAUUACACCGGAAGAUGAAAAUUCGUGCCGUAAGCCCAACAACCUAACUUGCGAUAGUUGUCUUUCAGACAAAUGCAAUAACAAACUAUGGCAACAAUGCUUUAAAUGUAAUUCCAAGGAUAACCCGAAUUGUGCGCUUUGGUCAAGUGCCGAAACAGUCCCACUGGCAGUUUGUCCCAGCUACAAUGAUAACUGCCUUGUUCGUGUAACAAAAACUGGCGAAACACUGCGAGAUUGUUCACCUCCAUCCGAUGACAAGUGUGCCCAAGAUGAGUUGUGUUCUAUGUGCGAAGGACCAUUGUGCAAUUCAGGAGUUUUUCCGCCAACCCGGCUUCAAUGCAUUCAAUGCCAAGAGUGUGAAGAUGCCCAAGAUCCAAAUAACGCCCUGCCAUGUCUUCAUUAUAACACCAAUGAGAAGUGUUUUUUGUACGUGACAGCAAAAAGUAAGAUGAUUCGAGGUUGUGUGUCAAAUGUCACUGCAAUGCAAGAGUGUCAACUUAAUGAACCUAAGUGUAAGACAUGCAAUAAACAAAAUGGCUGCAACAGUGUACCAUUGAUGAAAGAACCAAGUCUUUCUUGCAGCAAAUGCAAGUCUAAAGAUAAUCCUCACUGUAUUUGGGAACAACCCGAAACCGAAGUGUCAAAGUGUACCAAUAAGUUUCUCUAUUAUUUGACAGAAACAUGUUUGACACAAUUCGAUCCUGCAACGGAAGAAGUUGUUCGAGAUUGUUCGUUUGAUUAUGGGGUAUGCACACCUGAGGAUCUGGAUUGUCAAUCGUGCCCUGAAAAUGGAUGUAACCGUGGUAGCUUAAAAGUACAGCAUUGCAUUCAAUGUCAAAGUGAUCAUCCAGAACAAAUCGAGUGUCAAAAUCAAGCGGCAGGCAUACCAUCCAUCAAGUGUCCACAUGAGAAACAAACUUUCGAAAACAGAGGGUGUUUUACUCUUAAAAAAGAAAACGUUACAUCUCGAGGAUGUGUUGUGAACCUGUCAACAGAUGACUUGAAGCUUUGUAAGAAGAAAGGUCAAAAUUCAUGUAGAAUUUGUAUGAAGGAUUCUUGCAACAACAUUUCAGCGCCAUCUAGAAGUUCAAAAAUUGAACUUAUAUUAGUGGUCGUUUUAUUAAGUCUUUUCUCGAUUGUAAUCUAAGUCAUGAAACUUAUUUAAACUUUAUUAUAAUUAUUGUCUGUGUGGGAAUUA